AUGGUCCUGCUCAUACCCUCAAACCCACCCACUUUGAUCUUAUCACCACAAAAGAAAGGCCCGGCGAGGAGGAAAGCCCGUAACCCAAUUCUCAACCAUGCUCAAUAUGAAGCUUCUAUUUAUGAUGGCGAAAAACCCGGAAAGGAUUCUGUGAACGAUUCGGAGCCACACCCAGAUGACGUGGGAGCCGAACUGGACGCACUGAGACGAGAGGAGGCUAGAGAGGACGAGGACGAGGAAUUUGAACUGAAGCUAUUCGACACAUUACUCUCCAAACCCGAGUUCCAAGAAUCGUUCGUCCGUGUCUCUCUACGAUCUCUGUAUGCUAUCAAUCGUGCUGAGACAUCUGCUUUGAACAAUGACAACACUAUCAUCUCGAUCUCGCAGCUCGACACGGAGCAUGACAAACGUGCCAAUCUAAUAUAUAUUCGGUGCAAGAACGGCGUGUUGAUGGAGACAAGGAAUGGGUCCGGUCCCAAGUCGCUACGAAAGAUGACGGACGACUAG